CUCUCUCUCUCUCUCUCUCUCUCUCUCUCUCUCUCUCUCUCACACACACACACACACACACACACACACACACACACACACACACACACUUGCCUCCCUCUCAAGCAUUUGUUGUGCGGUUCCUCUUUGUCUGCUGGGCAGGAGGGCAAACACAUCUGCCUCCCCUCCCUGUGUGCCUCCCGCUCCCACCCCGCCACUGUCUUGGAAGAGGGAUGCGGUAGCCUAGCAUCCCCCCACCCACCCGCACCACCACACACACACUUGUACAUUUUCUCCUGCCCCCUCCCCAAGCACAUCCACACCUCUCUCUCUCUCCCCACUACACACACACACACACACACACACACACACACACACACACACACACACGCACGCACACACGCACACACCCUGGGCUGAGCGGUCCUGCCGCCUGCAGCCGCGGGCCCCUGCUCACCGUGCGGCUGCCCCUGCCUGCGAAAUGACGGCGGUUCCCCUCACUUCCAGGAAUCCACGCUUCCUGGAAGGUAGCGGGGACUCAUCUCUGGAGAAGGAGUUCCUCGGGGCCCCAGUGGGGCCCUCGGUGAGCACCCCAAACAGCCAGCACUCCUCACCCAGCCGCUCACUUAGUGCCAACUCCAUCAAGGUGGAGAUGUACAGCGAUGAGGAGUCGAGCCGACUGCUGGGGACAGACGAACGGCUCCUGGACAAAGAUGACAGCGUCAUCGUGGAGGACUCCUUGUCAGAGCCCUUGGGCUACUGCGAUGGAAGCGGGCCAGAGCCUCACUCCCCUGGCGGCAUCCGGCUACCCAAUGGCAAGCUCAAGUGUGACGUCUGCGGCAUGGUCUGUAUCGGCCCCAACGUGCUCAUGGUACACAAGCGCAGCCACACGGGGGAAAGACCCUUCCACUGCAAUCAGUGCGGCGCCUCCUUCACGCAGAAGGGGAAUCUGUUGCGCCACAUCAAGCUGCACUCCGGGGAGGAACCUUCAAAUGUCCCCUUCUGCAACUACGCCUGCCGCCGGCGUGACGCGCUCACAGGCCACCUCCGCACACACUCAGUCUCCUCUCCCACCGUGGGCAAACCCUACAAGUGCAACUACUGCGGCCGGAGCUACAAGCAGCAAAGCACCUUGGAGGAGCACAAGGAACGAUGCCACAACUACCUACAGAGCCUCAGCACCGAAGCCCAGGCUCUGGCUGGGCAGCCAGGUGAUGAAAUGCGAGACCUGGAGAUGGUGCCUGACUCAAUGCUGCACUCCUCCUCCGAGCGGCCAACAUUCAUUGAUCGCUUGGCCAACAGCCUCACCAAACGCAAGCGUUCCACCCCCCAGAAGUUUGUAGGCGAAAAGCAGAUGCGCUUCAGCCUCUCCGACCUCCCCUAUGAUGUGAACCCCGGCGGUGGCUAUGAAAAGGAUGUGGAGUUGGUGGCGCACCACGGCCUAGAGCCUGGUUUUGGAGGUUCUCUAGCCUUUGUGGGUACAGAGCAUCUGCGUCCCCUCCGCCUCCCCCCGACCAACUGCAUCUCGGAACUCACACCUGUCAUCAGCUCUGUGUACACCCAGAUGCAGCCCCUCCCCAGCCGACUGGAGCUUCCGGGGUCCCGAGAAGCAGGUGAGGGACCUGAGGACCUGGGAGAUGGAGGUCCCCUUCUCUAUCGGGCCCGAGGCUCUCUGACUGACCCUGGGGCAUCCCCCAGCAAUGGUUGCCAGGAUUCCACAGAUACAGAGAGCAACCAUGAAGAUCGGAUUGGCGGGGUGGUGUCCCUCCCUCAGGGUCCCCCACCUCAACCUCCUCCCACCAUAGUGGUGGGCCGGCACAGUCCCGCCUAUGCCAAAGAGGACCCCAAACCGCAGGAGGGGUUAUUGCGGGGCACCCCAGGCCCCUCCAAGGAAGUGCUUCGGGUGGUGGGUGAGAGUGGCGAGCCCGUGAAGGCCUUUAAGUGUGAACACUGCCGCAUCCUCUUCCUGGACCAUGUCAUGUUCACCAUCCACAUGGGCUGCCACGGCUUCAGAGACCCUUUCGAGUGUAACAUCUGUGGUUAUCACAGCCAGGACCGGUAUGAGUUCUCUUCCCACAUUGUCCGGGGGGAACAUAAGGUGGGCUAGCGACCUCUUCCCCCGGGCCUGUCCUCAGCCCACCGCUCCACUGUCCCACCUACAGGUGUCUAGCCCAAUUCCUGUUACACCCAAGGAGUUCUGCAUCCACUGACCACCUCACUUCACACUUGACUCAGACCCUCUUUGCCUAUUCCCUUCUCCCCUGGCUGAUGUAAGCAUUGUGACAGACGAGUCUUUUUGCUUAUAUUUCUCCUCCUGAACUCCUCUCUCUCCCCGGCAUUUUUGCUGUUUAUUAACGACUUUUCCUCGACCUUUUUAAAUGUACCACAGUCUCUGGCCGCUCCUUCACUCUCCUGCCCGUGGCUCCCGUCUGCUCUAAGCCUAGAUUUUUUUUUCCCCCUUAUGGAUUCCCACCUCCUCCAACAGCCCCAGGGGUUGGAAGCUCCUCUUUGUACUUAGAGACAGGGAGCUUCUUGCUUUAAUCCUGACCCUUAUUUAUCCGACUCUUCACUUUCGAUGUUGAUACCUCCCAGUGGCCCCACCUUAGCUCCGUGGCAUUAUUAUCUCCUCUCUGGGACCCUUCUACCUGGUACUUCAUACCUCUGGUACCCCUCUCACUCCAGGCAGCUUGCACUAUAUUCUUAAAUGAAUGAAGAAUUUCCUCACUGGAAGUAGGAGGGGCUGUAGAAACUCUCCCCAGGAACUGUGGACUGAGGGUCCUCUUGACCUCACCUGGGAACACGAGCUCCCUAAAGCCUCCAUUCAGGGCCUCCCUCCAGGAUGUGAUACCGCUCCUCCCUCUCCCCGGCUCACCCCUCAACACCACUCUGGUCUCAACCUGCCACUCCCCUCAGUGGUGGCUUUUCUCUCCUUGCAGUGCCCCCAUCUUACAUUCUCAGGGGCUAAAGCCAGGCCCUGCAACCCUGUCCGACAGACCGCGCGCUGCAGGUGCCUAGCUGAGAACCAGGGCGCGGGAAAGGGGGUGGGUAGAAGUCUCUCCUCCACCUUUCAAACUUUUUCACUCCAGUGACCUUCCUAGGCUCUCAGGGACUCCUUCUGUCCCCAUUUUAUGAGAAACUGGUGGGUUGCCGCCCAACAACCGGGGGUCUCUCAGCCCCAUCAGUCACGCUGCCUUUUUCCUCUCCCUUCUAGCAGGAUUCACCGUCUCAUUCCCAGGCUCCUGGGCCCUGUUGUUAUCAGUGGCAGGGAGAAAGGAAUGUCUCUUUUCUCUCUGCUAAUUUUCAGUAUAACCAAAAAUUGUCCCAGGAUGAAUGACACGUAUGUGCCCGCCGACCAUUCCACCCUUGUUCCAGCAAGAAUGGGAUGGACGCAACUAACCGGGCGUCAUCCUUCACUGCCCUUCCAUACUCGGCUCCCGACACAGGGCAGGAGGGGCACUCUUCUCUGGUGGUUGCAGGGACCCUGGCUAUCUGGAUAAUUGAGGGUUCGUGAGACCGUGCAGGAGAAGGCAUAGCUCCACCGCACGUGGAGGUCUCUCUCUAUAGAGUUCCCUGCCAAGGCCACAGCCAUCCCACUCUCUGCUUCUUUGAGAUUCAAACCAAAGGCUGUUUUUCUAUGUUUAAAGAAAAUAAGAAAAAAAAAAAAAGAGUAAAAACCAAACACAGCACCUCAUAAGUUAUAAGUCUCGGUCUUCUCUCCUCCUUUCCCUCCAUCUUCCUUCCCACGUGUCCUUUCUUCGCUGGCUCCUCCGCCUCCCUCUGCUUCUCUCUCUCCCUAGUAGGGAUAUUGAGGGGCACGAAGGGGUGGGCUACAUCAGAUCCUGGGAAUGGGGCUGUUAAGCCUUCUGGAGAGUCUGCUUUCCCUAUCAUGAGAAGGGCGGGCUUGAAAACACUGUCUUCUCUUCCUUCUCCUGCGUUACGUGGCUUCCCAGAAGGGCCGGAUUGACAGGGAGGAGCUUUGCGGGGUGGUUCUUCCUCCUUGACAAUGUAGCAAUAAGCAGGUGCUGCCAAAGGCAGAAAAUGGGGUAUGAGCUCCAGAGGGAGUGGUCCCCAGAGAAGGGAAGGGUGGGUCCCCGCAGCAGAACCUUGUCACUAACUCCUGGGAUGGCAGCAGAGCUGUGGUUGGUGUCCGCACUUCUGAACUAUUCUGGCCUUGGAGCCUCUUCCGGUUAGACCGGCUCCCACCUCUCCUGUGUCUGCCAUGGAUUUGGGGAUACCUCAGAAGGACUAGUUCCUCUGAGGCAUCAGAGCCUCUCAGUGCUCCAUCCCUCCCUCCCUUUAGUCAGCCUUAGCACCUGUAACCCCCCAGAAACCUGAAGGAUUAUGCUCCGAGGCUCCCACAAGAGCAGAGAUGGAAGGACAAGACCAGGUGCUAGGGAGGAGGGGGCAUCCUGUCUCUCUCCCGCCCGUCACUGCACUUUAACCAGGGUCUUAGGUACAAAAAUCCUACUUUUCAGAGCCUCCCAGCUCUGGAACCUCAAACAUCCUCAUGCUCUCUCCCAGCUCCUUUUGCAUAAAAAAAAAAAAAAAAAAAAAGAAAAAGAAGAAAAAUCAACAACAACAAAACACCAAAACCCACACAGAGAAAAGAGGUGUUUUCUUUUUUAUUACUAUUCAAAAAUAACAAUACAGAAAAGUUGGGGGAAGGGAGAGAAUUUCUAAAUAGACACUUUUCCAGACCUUUGUGUGUGUGUGUGUGUGUGUGUCAGUGUCCGGGCUGUGGAAUUUUGUAAUACUUCUGGCAGCUUCUUUCCUUGUGUAAAUAAUAUAUAUAUAUAUAUAUUUUUAACCAGAAAUUAUGAAGAUCAAACAUAGACACAGAAGCAAGUGCAAUACCACCUCCCCUCCCCCAGGGUUCCUUUGUAGCCUGUUUCGUGUCCCCUUUGACCCUUGCCCUUUCACCUCUUCUCUCAUCCUCUGGUCCCUUGCCUACCCCCCCUUCCCUCUUUCUAAAGAGUUUUUCUCCUUUCUCAAAGGGAGUUAAACCAGCUUUUGAGACUUACUGCAAAGCAUUUUGUAUCUGUAAUAUACUGUAAGUAAAUAUUUGUGUAAUGGAGAAAUACUACUGUAAGUUUUGUACUGUACUGGCUGAAGGUCUGUUAUAAAUAAACAUGAGUAAUUUAACAGCA